GUGUAUAUACCCUCUAGAACACAACACAUGUAAAUGGAUCAGAAUCAAAAACACUUCGUCUUGGUCCAUGGAGCCUGCCAUGGAGCAUGGUGUUGGUACAAGCUUAUCGCCCUACUCCGGGGCGCUGGUCACCGUGUCACUGCUCUGGACCUCGGUGCUUCUGGGAUCAAUUCCAAGCAGGUGGACGACGUCGCUUCAGUUUGGGACUAUGUCAAGCCAUUGAUGGAGUUCAUGGAUUCUCUUCCUCAUGAUGAGAAUAUCAUAUUGGUUGGUCAUAGCUACGCUGGCCUUCCUAUAUCCUUAGCAAUGGAGAGGUUUCCUCGCAACAUUUUGGUUGCAGUCUUUGUCACAGCCUAUUUACCUCAUUACAGUUCUCCACCAGGAACUGUCUUUGACGAAUACUUCAAGAGGACCUCAGCGGAAUCCUUCUUGGAUAACCAGUUCACAUUUGACAGAAACACAGAGAAUCCGGAAAUUACUUCUGUUUUGUUUGGUCCAAAGUACAUGGCUGCCAAAUUGUACUCGAGCUGCAAGUCAGAGGAUCUGGAACUAGCUAAACUGUUGAUAAGGCCAUCUGGGAUGUUCAUAGAAGAGUUGAGCAAGAAGUGCCUGCUAACAGAAGCGAAAUUCGGGACGGUGAAGAGAGUUUAUGUGGUGUGCGAAGAAGAUGAGGUUAUAAAGGAAGAUUUCCAACGAUGGAUGAUUGAGAUGAAUGGUCCAGUAGACAAAGUGAAAUUGAUUACGUGUGCUGGUCAUAUGGUCAUGCUAUCAAAGCCCCAAGAACUUUGCCAAUGCUUAUGUGGAGUUGCUGAGGAUUUUGCUUAAUUAAGUUGAUCAAUUAAUGUGUAUGAAACCUUCAUGAACAACACAUAUAAUUAUAGUGCUGGAUCUGUGCAUUAUGUGAUGUUACAUCAAUAA